AUCAUAGAAUUUGCAGACGCUGAAGCACAAUGUCGAUGCCGUCGCCGUUGCCUUUUCUCAUCCGGCGGCACUCAAGUGACGAUUUAAAGAACUUGACGUCGGUUUCCAGCAGCCUCUUGCCCGCGUUUGGAACGGUUGUGAAUGGUGGAUACACGCACCUGAAUAAAUUCGUGGUAGUUCCAUAUGACAGAAGAUAUCGGUGGUGGCAAACUUUCCUGGUGGUGUUAGUGGUGUACUCUGCGUGGGCAUCUCCCUUUGAGCUUGCCUUCAAGAAAGUGGCAACUGGGUCUCUUUUACCCGUUGAUCUGUUGGUGGAUGCAUUCUUUGCCCUUGAUAUCGUGUUGACCUUCUUCGUCGCUUACUUGGAUAAAUCCACCUAUCUCCUCGUUGACGAUCAUAAGAAGAUAGCUGUACGUUACCUUACAAGCCUGUGGUUCCCCAUGGACGUAGCCUCCACUCUUCCAUUACAGGCAAUACACAGAAUUUUGACUGGAAAGAUGUACCGCAGUGAGGCCUUCGGUUUCCUCAAUUUACUUCGGUUCUGGCGACUAAGGCGUGUUGGUGAGCUCUUCACAAGGUUGGAGAAAGACAUACGCUUUAGUUACUUCUUAACAAGACUCGUCAAACUAAUUUGUGUUACACUGUUGGCAGUUCAUUCAGCUGGUUGUUUCUACUAUUGGCUAGCAGUUCAUCAUAAAGAACCAGGAAAUACAUGGAUUGGAGUUGAAGUUGAAGAUUUUGAGAACAGGAAUAUCUGGGUUGGGUACACGUAUUCGAUAUAUUGGUCCAUUGUCACACUUACUACUGUCGGUUAUGGCGACUUGCAUGCAGUUAAUUUAGGUGAGAAGAUUUUUAGCAUCUGCUACAUGCUAUUCAACAUUGGCCUCACAUCUUAUUUGAUCGGAAACAUGACAAAUCUCAUUGUUCAUGGUGCUGUCCGAACAUAUAUCAUGAGGGAUUCCAUAAAUGAGAUUCUGCGUUAUGGAAGCAAGAAUAGACUGCCAGAAGGCUUGAAAGAUCAAAUGUUGGCGCACAUGCAGCUCAAGUUCAAGACAGCAGAGUUGAAGCAAGAAGAGGUGUUGGAGGAUUUACCUAAAGCGAUCAGAUCCAGUAUUGCCCAGCACCUUUUCGGACAAACAGUUGAGAGUGCAUACUUAUUCAAGGGGAUCUCUGAAGAUCUCAUCGUUCAAUUGGUAUCUGCGAUGAAAGCAGAGUACUUUCCACCUAAAGUUGAUAUCAUAAUACAAAACGAGAUACCAACAGAUUUCUACAUUUUGGUGUCUGGAUCAGUGGAUAUGAUAUCGUACAAGAAUGGAAAUGAACAGGUUUUGGCAAAUCUGGAAUCUCCACAGAUGGCAGGGGAAAUUGCUGUGAUGUUGAAUAUUCCACAGCCAUUUACAGUGAGAACUAAAAGACUCUCCCAAGUCAUCAGGAUCAGUCACCAUCAUUUUAAGCAAAUUUUACAAUCAAACAAUGAAGAUGGAAAAAUCCUUCUCUCCAACUUCACUGAGCACUUGAAGGGGUUAAAAAGGGGGGAGCAAAACGAAAUACCCUACUUUGCAGAAUUUCUGGAAGACAUAAAUACAGAGCGUACAGAGCCAAAUGAGAAACAAAAUCAAAGAGUACCUUAUCAUGGUGAUCAAAAAAUGGAAGGAAGACCAAAAGCAUCGAAACAAUUUCCACCUACAAAUUCCAUCAGGGUGAUAAUCCACGGGCACCAUCCAGAUGAAAGUACAGAAGACGGCAACAGUAUGGGAAAACUGAUACUUCUGCCUAAGUCAAUUGAAGAACUUUUCGGAUUGGCAGGGAAAAGAUUUGGCAAGAGAGGGAGCUCAAUUCUCAUGGCUGAUGGCUCUAAAAUAGAGGACUUGAAUGUUUUAAGAGAGGGUGAUCAUUUAUUCUUUGUUUGAAGACAAAAUUCAUAUCUGCUUGGUUUUUACAUGACCCAAGGCCUAAAUGAUGACGUGGUAUUCGACUAUCAAGAAACAAGUGAUGAGUCACGGUGUACAUACAUAAAAGGGAUACGUAUUGGCUGAAAUGUGCAGAAACUUUGAGAGAAAUCUUACAGCGUUCCCCCUCCGUUGUUGAGCAUGUCUAAAACAGUGUAAGCAGCUUGUUGAAAUUGUUGUUUCUCUUCCUC